AGUACAGUAGAUAGUUAUGGAUGGAUGUUAGAAAAGGAGCUGCCGCGGGCGACCGUCACGAACAAAAGCCGGCGGUUAGCACGUGGAGAACCACUGACGGCUCAGAGUGAGCAAAAAGCCUCCUCAGCAACUGAGGGGACGAGGAAGUCGAUCGGACUCGUCACAGGCUCAAGGUCGAACACAAGAAAUUAAAAGAAAUCGAAUUACCAGCAUGCAGGAGCCUGCAGACAGCCGACAGCUCACCACACGGAUCUGCAGAGCAGAAAAAGCAACACAAUGCGGAAGAGAGAAGACAAGGAAUAGGAAUGGAGGGUGAGGAGGAAGGUCGAAAGGGGAGACCUGAUGAUUUAGUCUACAGGAGGCUGGACCGGGCAGCGGACAAGCGAGCAGCGGACAGCGGGCGGGAGCAAAUAAUGGAGGAUGAGGAUGGGGCGAGCCACUUGUCAGAAACACUGAGCCUUUUGAUUGUUCUAUGUUUCCCUUGGUUCCAUGGAUGCACCUUGUGCUGCUUUGUUUUUAUUAUUACUGCGCUGUAUUAUAGAACAAAUCACUUUCUGGAAUUAACAACCACAAGCAAUAAGCACUGGGCAGGCUGCCUCGAAAAUCUGUUAAAUAAUGCCGUACUUUUGCUUGCAAUACGUCAUUGGUCGCGUCUCACUCUCCCAUCCUUGUCGGGCCAGGAGAUGGGUUCUGGACACAUCGAGAACCAAAGAUUGUCCUUUGCAUUGGUUGAUACGCGGUUUCGAGUUUCUCUGCUCGCGAGAUCUCCGAGGGUCUUUGGGAUUCCAGCGAGGAGGAGGGGGGGGAAGAAAAAUUAACCCUUAAUAUCUGAACAUCCUUGACAAAACAUUGGCAUCAAGUUU